AUAGACGGCUUCCUUACACAGUGUGGUUUUUCAAUGACACUUUGAGCUUUCUUCAAAAUUUUCGCUUCUCCGGGGUUUAAAUAUGUCGCUCACCGUUUUAUUCAGAACAGUAAUAAGAGAUGUUGCAAAGGUCAGCCUUAACCAGCACGUACAGUGGUUACACACAGGUUGUCAGCUCCUAGCAGCAGAGAAAGCUCUCCUGAUGAAACUGCGGAAAAGCACCGGCUACACUUUCAUUAAUUGCCAGAAAGCACUGGAGAAAUUUGAUAAUGAAAUAAGACAGGCAGAGGCUUGGCUGCAUGAGCAGGCACAGAAGGAGGGCUGGAGCAAAGCAAACAAGCUGGAGGGUCGCAAAGCUAAGGAGGGCCUGAUCGGUCUGUUUGUAGGAGAUAAAGCUGCAGUUAUGGUGGAGGUUAACUGUGAGACAGACUUUGUUGCCCGCAAUGAGAAGUUCCAGCAGCUGGUGAAGGAUGUGGUGUUUACCACCUUGGCUCACCACCAGAGUAAAGCUCAGAGCCAUGAAGGAUAUGUCAAGAGUGUCCUGGCAGGUGAUGAGUUAAACAAACUCAGUUUGGGUGAAGGAGCUUCACUUGCAGACCAGGUGGCUCUCACAAUAGGUCGCCUCGGUGAGAAUAUGUCAGUGAAGCGGGCGGUGACAGUUGGUGUCCCUGCUGAAUGGUACAUCGGCUCAUAUGUGCACGGUAGCGUGAGUGGCCAGCCUGAGGUGGCGAUGGGGCGAUAUGGUGCCCUUGUCAUUUUCCAGGGUGGAAAGGAAGGAGAACAGGAAAUUUUAGGUCGUAAGCUGGGACAACACGUAGUAGGAGAAUCCCCCAUGUCCCUGGGCAACAUGGAUGACCUGCCCUGUGGUGAAAGUGAGACACGUCUGCUACCACAGACCUUCCUGGGAGACCCCAGUAGAACCGUAGCACAGUUCCUCUGUGGGCAACAGGCUCGAGUGCUGGACUUUGUCCGAUUUCAGUGUGGAGAGACGACCAGUGAAGAAGCAGAAUGAAAGCAGCGAAAUCGUGUAUCCAAAAAAUUCAUCAUAUGCCUUUAUUUUAUAUGAAGAUUAAUUCCGAGUAUUCAUUUACUGUCUGAUACCAAGACAGUCAGACAUUGUCACCAUGAAUUUGAAAGCAGAAAACCCACCAGCACUGGUACCUGGUGAAAUAAAUAAUCCAACAAUAGAAUGUUUUUUGUUGUUGUUUU